UUUCUUUUUCUCUGUGGACACCAUAAGUCCAGCUUCGAAGCAAACUUCAGUCGGUUAAUUCAGCCCUAAAGAAUACUUAAACGAAUCAUGGAUAAUUCAAUGGAAGAGAGGCUUGUUUUGCCUGAAGAACUCAAUAGUAAUGACCUGAAAAAGAGGGUUUUGAGCGAGUUCAUCAAGUUAUGGGGGAUUGCCUUUCCUGGAACCGUGGCACGAUUGACUUCAUUUGGAAUGAUAGUUGUGACACAAUUAUUCAUGGGGCACGUUAGCGAAUUGGAUCUUGCAGCAUUUGGCCUCCAACAGAGCAUUUUGAUACGCUUUGUAAAUGGCAUAUUGAUUGGCAUGUCAAGUGCGACUGAGACCUUAUGCGGCCAAGCGUAUGGAGCUGGACAAUGCCACAUGAUGGGUAUUUACUUGCAGCGAUCAUGGAUCAUUGAUGGUGUAGCUGCAACCAUCUUGCUACCCCUCUUCAUUUUCACAGCACCGAUAUUAAAACUACUUGGACAAGAUGAGGAGAUAGCAAUAGAAGCUGGGAAAAUGUCGCUAUGGUUCAUUCCCAUCGUCUACUAUUAUGUGUUGAGCUUGACCAUCCAAAUGUACUUGCAAGCACAACAAAAAAACAAGAUUGUCGGGUUGUUUACCGCUUCCUCCUUUCUGGUUCAUGUGUUUUUGUCCUGGUUAUUUGUGAUCAAACUUGGUUUAGGAGUUGCUGGUGCCAUGAGUGCAUUCAUCAUUUCAGCUUGGUUGCUGGUUAUUGGAGAGUUUGUCUAUAUCUUUGGAGGCUGGUGUCCUCAUACAUGGAAAGGCUUUACUAAAUCUGCUUUUGCUGAUAUGUUACCUCUAGUAAAGCUCUCAUUAUCCUCCGGAGUUAUGAUUUGCUUAGAGUUUUGGUACACCUCAAUUCUUGUCUUGUUAGCUGGAUAUGUGAAGAAUGCAACUGUUGCUAUAUCUGCUUUCUCCAUUUGCAUCAACAUCUAUGGAUGUGAUUUCAUGAUUUGCCUUGGGUUUUUAGGUGCUUCAAGCGUGCGUGUAUCAAAUGAAUUGGGAAAGGGCAAUGCUAAAGCUGCAAGAUUUUCUAUCAAAGUUGCCCUCGUUACUUCAGUAAUUAUAGGAAUUAUCUUCUGGAUUUUGUGUUUGGUCUUCAGUGAUGAGAUUGCGUCCUUGUUCACAAGUAAUGAGGAAAUUGCAGAAUCUGUGUCAAGGCUUCAUGUUCUGCUUGCGUUCUCAGUGUUGUUAAAUAGUAUUUAUCCAGUACUUUCAGGCGUAGCCAUAGGAGCUGGUGUGCAAAGUACUGUUGCGUUUCUCAACUUGGGAAGCUAUUAUGUGAUUGGAGUGCCUAUAGGGCUUGUGCUUGGAUAUGUAGCUCAUCUUCAGAUCAAGGGUUUGUGGAUUGGAUUGUUGACUGGAGUUGUAGUUCUAACACUUUUGCUAUCCUACCUUACAUGGAGGAUUGAUUGGGAUGAACAGGUACGCAAGGCAGAAGAACGUCUUGGUCGAUUUUUCAUGGAACCACCGAAGCAAUCUGUUGAAAACUCCAAUCUUGCUUGAAAGUACUGGACAAUGCUUGCUGUUGCGUUUUCAAACCACGCUUUUUUCAGAUGAAAAGUAGCAUCUGAUUCUUUACACCUGACUAGAUGGUUCAAAUCUGCUGGUAGGAACUACUCUUGGGUUCCUACACACAAUCUUUCGAUUCUAAUUUCCAUUUCGUAAUUAAGAGGUCACUUCAACAAGGUGGGUUUUCUUUCCUCUCCGUGAUACUAAUUACGUUGCAGAUGGAUCGAUCAGUAAUCUCCUUGGUCUUAUGGUGGCUUGGAUUCAGUCACCUUUUGGCUUGUGAUCCAUUUGAUUUGUUUUUCCUUCUCUUCUUCUGUCUAGUUUAUCCAUCUUCUACUUGGCUUCCAUGGCAAUUCCUUUCUAUGUUUUAUGGUCACGAUUACUCUUGCUCAUCGGGUUAAAUGAUCUAUUUAUUGGAUGUAAUCUCUCAUGUACCUUCUUAAGAAAUCUACAUGCUCUUAUAUAUUCUUAUUUUCUUCAA